CAUUGUCAUUGUCAGUCAGUUUUUAAUUGUUGAUGUUCUGUAUUUCUGUUCGAUUAUUUAUCAUAUUGGUUCAAACAUUUUUGCUUUAAAGUAUUAAUAAUAAAAAACAUUAUACCUAGUUAAAUUUCCUAUAUAAUAUAAUAUAAGUUUUAUAGUGCUGGUUAAAACAUAAUGAAACUUAUCUAACCUCAAAACCAAGUUUGAUUACAAACAAAGCCUAACAACAUAUUUAUCAUGGGUGUUACUGUAUUACAACAAUACCCAGUUCCUGAGAACAAGACUGGUACUUACGUAAUAGAGCUGCUCACUAAACGGAUACUUGCAUUAGGAGCAUCAGCACAAGGACAGUUCCUUGUGGACUGUGAAAGCUAUCUCUCACAUCCGCAGAUGGGUACAACGAAAACAGUUCACAUAUUUCACAAUUCAGAACAGCCUGCAUCCGUGUUCUCAAUACUGGAUACAGGUUCAAAGAACAUCCACGUUAUAGCGGAUGGCUUGUUCGACCUGUUAAUGAUGAAGCUAUCCCAACAUUAUACGUCCAAGAAACAAACUAAGAUUGAGAGUAAAGGACCAAGAUUUGAACUCGGUGACUUCUGCGUUAAGCUCGGUUCUGUGACUAUGAACCAGAGUUUUAAAGGGAUACUUGUUGAGGUGGAAUAUCGUCCAUGUGUCACACCUAACGCUGUUUGGGGUUUAUUACGCGAGUUUCUGCAAGGAUUCCUUGGUCCCUCAGUCAUGGUACAAGCGCCACAGCAUCUAGUGAGCAGAAUGAACGAAAUCUACACUCCAAUAGACACCAUAUACCAGUACUUGGAACAUUUCAGUGCUUACAGAAAGAUCACUGGAAUGAGAACUGCUUAGUAAUUUAUAGUUUAGUUUUAAG